AAAAACAUAAGAAAUAAAUAAAUAUAUAACUGAUCCAAAUUAAAGAUUUGUGCACAGAUCUAGUAACACUUGUCUAAAGAGUGUGGAAUAUGUGUAGAUGAUAAGAGGGAAACAUGAAUAGACUCUAGACUGGCCUGCUAUAUUUGCUAAUUAUCAACAAGAGAAUCAUAUAUAAGCUGUCUUUGCAAAUUUGUUGUUGUUGUAAAGUUUUAUUUUUGCUAACUGCAAUAUUAUGAUUUUUUUUUCUUUUUCCAUUUUUUCGUAUAAUUUUAAGAUAAACCAAACUAUAACAUGAAUUAAUUAAAAUGUUGAUUGUCAAUGUGAGAAAUAAUAUUAAAUUUGUAAAAUUUAGACUAAUUGUCCAAAUAUUGACUUACAAAUUUUUUAGUCACUAAAUUUUAUUUGUAGUAUAUGACUUCCAAAUUUAGACUAAUUCGGAUAUGCAUAAUUUUUUUUUAACGCUGAUUUAUUAUGAUCUUACAAUUAUGAUAUAAAAAAGAUUACAUAGACGAUUCGACAACCAACAAUAGUACCUGCCUUAUGAAGACCUACGCCUAACUGCAUCACCUGAACCGUCCUAUGAAGAUCCACGUCUGGCCAGAUUUACUUACACCUUGUUGAAGAUUCCUUGUAAGCCUUUCUUCCGUAGUUUGCAUAAUUGUUAAUAAAUCGCUCUCUCCGGGACUUGAAAUCUGAAUUUCCUGUAAUCUGCAAUAAAUCACAUAGUCUGAGAUUCGAACCCCAGACCUGGGUGUAGAAGAUUUUAAAACUUAACCAAUAGGCUACAGUGCUUCCACACAUAAAAAAUUUGUAAGUCAUAUACUACAAAUAAACUUUAGUGACUAAAAUUUUUUUUUUUUUUCUGAAAGUAAAGAUACCAUCUUAUAUUCCCUUCUUGAAUUGGAAUGGAUUAAAAAAAUUACAAAAGGAAUAUAAUCUUUUCUUAGAUGAGGAGAAUGCUCCAUUUGCAUAGAAAAACAAACCUUUCUACUUUAAAAAUGUGUACAGUUGUUUCCCUUCCUAUUACAUACACCAAUCAGACGUCAUCAAAAACAAUCCGGAAAUGUUCGUUGGAGACAAGUGUGACGCCAUCUCCACAUCACUACUCCAGUCUGUCAGGACACGAACUAAAAAUAAAUACAGCGAACCGAGUCUAAAAGUUCAUCUCACUUCUUCUUCUUCUUCUUCUUCUUUUUCUUCUUCUUCGUUGACAGAAUCAGUGUUCAUCUUGAUUCUCCUUCUUACAACUUAAAGAUUUGAUUGACAAUUAGGCUCUGGACUCUUUUGUUGGGAUUGGGUAAUCAAUAGAUAGAGGAAGAGGAUUAGCUGCUAAAGGUUUGUUAUUGGAUACUGUUGGAUGUUUUCUGGAUUUGUAGUGAGUUUUUUUAAAAAAAUUUAGCGAAGAUGGAUAGGCCUCGACAGAAUGAUCACUUGGGUGUGAAUAAGAUUGGGAAGAACAUCAGAAAGAGUCAUCUCCACCAACCCAGUGUCGCUGCUCAUGCUAACUUAGCCGCUGCGGCUGCGGGGCCUCAAGCGCAGCCUCAGGUUUAUAACAUAAACAGGAGCGACUUUAGAAGUAUUGUUCAACAACUUACUGGCUCUCCAUCACGAGAAAGCCUCCCUCGGCCUCCUCAGAACAACUCACCAAAGCCUCAGAAUACCCGGUUGCAGAGAAUUAGACCACCACCCUUUAUGCAAAUCAACCAGCCUGGGGCUCCUGUACAUCAUCAUCAUCCUCACAGCUUAAUGAGACCACCUCCACCCCAAUGGCAUAUGCCACAAGUCGCACAACAACAACCAAUGAUGGGCCAGGGGGACCAGUUUGGGUCUAAUACAACUGAAUCUCCCCUCUUAGGUUAUAUGCCUUAUCUUCAAAGUCCACUUGGUGAUGCAGGUCCUAGUGGUAACCAAAUGCGGCCGCCAGGUCAUGAACAUCAGCCUUAUAUGCCGGCUCAUGAACAACCUCCAUAUAUGCUAGCUCAGCCUCAGCCUCAGCCUCAACCAUAUAUGCCAGGUCACGAAAAUCGGCCUUAUAUGCCGGCUCAGGCUCAGUUUCAACCUCAGCAAUAUAUGCCAGGUCACGAACACGGGCCUUAUAUGCCAGCUCAGCCUCAAUCUCAACCUCAACCUCAGCCAUAUAUGCCAGGUCAUGAACAUGGGCCUUAUAUGUCAGCUCAACCUCAGUCUCAACCUCAGCAAUAUAUGCCAGCUCAGCCUCAGACACAACCAGAUCCAUAUAUGAUGCAUGGAUCGCAACCUCAAAUGAAUAUGCAGGGGCCACUGCAACCUAGUCAGUAUCCACCACCACCGGGGCUAGUUCCUAGCCAAGUGUCUCGUAAUCUUCCUCCCCCUCAGUUCAAUGGUCCUGUACCUGUGACACCCGCUCUACCCUCGCCAAGUUUCAAUCAGAUGUAUAAUGGUUUUCAUUCUCCUCAGUAUAACGGUUUCGGAUCACUACAGUCACCUACAUCUCAGUUUGGUCUGCCAUCUCCUACCUACCCGAAUAUGUUAUCUCCUCGAUCACCUUACCCAUUGCUGUCACCAGGAGUUCAGUAUCCUCAACCACUCACCCCAAACUUCUCGUUUUCACAACUAGCUCAAUCAGGAAGUAGUGGACCUGGUGCUGGUCCAGGUCUUCCUCAGCCACCUCCAUCUCCAGGGCUCGUGUUCCCUUUAUCUCCAGGAUUAUUCCCAGUCCCAAGUCCAAGUUGGGGUGAUUACUAGGCUGUGCUUCUCUAUCCGUAAAUCUCAUCAUGUUUUUUUUGUGUCAAGUCUGCCUAGGUUAGUCUGUACUAUGAAAGAAGCUUAAUCUUGAGAGUCUACAGUAGAAUAGACGCAGCCGCAUAGACGUGUGAAACGCAAAAAGGUGCUUUUAAUACAUUUUUUCCUCUGUUACUUUUGGGGAUUCUUAUAGGUAAAAGCUUUACUUAAAAAUCAUAGGAUGAUGAAUUGAUGACGAUCAUUACAUUUCUUUUGUUUUUCACAGAAUUUGCUGUAUUGUGGGAAUUUGUACACAAAGUAGAAACAAAACUCUGUCAAUUUAUAUGAUUUUUUGGUGUUUCUAAAGUA